AGUACACAAAACCCACAGACUUUUCCCCUACAGUCCUGUGAGUGGAAUUUUCAACACGUUUUACAGGGAAAUGUCUUAAAAAAAUUUCGACGUGUGUUUGUAGACCGUACGUCGCCGAAAAAAGGCUGCUGCCUGUUUAAAAGAACGGCACGGGGAGCGUAUUAGAACUUUGGAAAGUGAGUUUAACCACCGUUUCCACGCACAACUAUGGCGCUCAGAGCGAGAGCUUUAUACGACUUUAUCUCUGAAAAUCCCGGCGAGAUCUCUGUGACAGAAAACGAAGUUUUAACUUUGUGCAGCGAGGAGGUUGUUGAUGGUUGGUUGGAGGGCACGAACAGCAGAGGCGAGACCGGACUCUUCCCUGCAUCAUACGUGGAAAUUAUAAAGACUGACACAUCGGUACAAGGCAACGGGACAUCCGCUAGCUCUGAAUAUUACUACCAAAGUAGCCCUCAGAGGAGGGACACCUCAAACGAAUCGACGCCCACUCAUUCCGCUACUUACGCGGGACAUCUUCAACAACAGCAACGGCACAGUUUUCAGACGAGCCAAGAUAGCGACGACGAUUGGGACGAGGACUGGGAUGACAGCGGGACGGCGGAGGAGCAUCACGCGACACCUGAAAAAAGCGGGAAUGCUCGAGCUGGAUAUUCGACGACGAGUUCCUCUGCGUCGCGGCGCGAUAGCGCGCAACACUCCAAAAGCACAGCAACCGUUGGAAAAAAUCUCAACAGGUUUUCAACCUUUGUCAAGUCUGGCGGCGAAGCCUUCGUUUUGGGCGAAGGUUCAGCGUUGGUCAGAGAUGGAGACAAAAUAUUUGUGGUUAUGGGACAGUAUGGGCCGGAAUGGCAGGAGAACCCGGAUCCGUUUACGUGUAUUAUUGACGACCCCACCAAACAGACCAAAUUUAAAGGCAUGAAGAGCUAUAUGUCAUAUGGACUUACGCCCAGUCAUACACAGAACAAGGUCAAUAGAAGAUACAAGCACUUCGACUGGCUUUACGCCCGUCUCGUUGAAAAGUUUCCCGUUAUUUCGGUGCCACAUCUGCCAGAGAAACAGGCCACGGGGCGCUUUGAGGAGGAUUUCAUCUCCAAGCGUAGGAAAGGUUUAAUAUGGUGGAUGAAUCACAUGACGAGUCAUCCAGUUUUAUCCAAAUGUGAUGUUUUCCAGCAUUUCCUUACAUGCAGCAGCAACGACGAAAAAGCUUGGAAGCAAGGCAAGAGAAAGGCAGAGAAGGACGACUUAGUUGGUGCCAACUUCUUCCUCACCAUCUCCCCUCCAGCUUUACCCCUUGACCUACAGGAGGUGGAAAGCAAAGUAGAUGGGUUCAAAACGUUCACCAGAAAGAUGGACGAAAACCUCAUGCAUGUCAACGUCACCAUCAAUGAAUUUGCCAGAAAGCAGAUAACAGGUUUUAAAAAGGAAUAUCAGAGAGUCGGCCAGGCCUUCAGACUAUUAAAUCAGGCCUUCGAGUUCGACCAGCAAGUCUACUCCGCUCCGUUAAACAAGGCCAUAGCACACACUGGAGAAGUGUACGAGACCAUUGGGGAUUAUUUUGCGCAGCAACCCCGACAGGAUUUAGACCCCAUAUCCGAUCUUUUAGCGAUUUACCAGGGACAUCUUGCAAACUUUCCGGACAUUAUCCAUGUUCAGAAAGGAGCCCUCACCAAGGCCAAGGAGAGCCAGAAACACGGGGAGGAAAAAGAUGGAGCUGCAGGAGGCGGCAUCAACGAACGCUGCAACAUCAUCUCCUGCGCCACGCUAGCCGAAAUCCAGCACUUUCACCGCAUACGUGUGCGCGACUUCAAGACACAGAUGCAACAUUUCUUACAGCAGCAGAUUAACUUCUUUCAGAAAAUCACAGGCAAGUUGGAGGAAGCCAGGGACAUGUAUGAUCAGGCGUAGAAUGUUAAAUUCAGGAUAAAAUAAUACUACAAAAGAACUGAAAUAAAACAAUAAUUAAGAAACUUUUAUUUUAUUAUAGAUGCUUUCAAAUACAGGUAUUUUAUUUUUAGAAUUGUUCCGGGUGGCCUUAAGGGAUGUGUAAUGUUAAAAAAUGUGUGCCAGAGAUUGGCAGUUGUCCUUAAAGAGAUUCUUUCAUUGUUUAUUCACCCUCAUGUCAUUCCAAACCUGUAUGACUUGUAACAAAUCUGCAAAAAAUAAUAUUUUAAAUAACGCUGGUGAAUAAACAACAUUGCCCAUCAUUGACUUCAAUUGUAUGAACACAAAACCACUGAGACAUUUCUCAAAAUAUAUUCUCAGUUAUAUACAGGUUUUAUGACAUGACGGUGAAUAAACAAUGACAGAUUGUUUAUUAUUAGUUUAAACUAUCCCUUUAAAAUGAAUACUUUGUUAUUAAAAAUUAAAUAGCACAUACUCUGAUUUACAUUACAGUCAUUUGGUUUUCAUCAAGCUUGAACCCUUGAACCUUCAAGUGUAAAAACAAUUUCAAGAUUACAGUUUUAUUGUAGUAGUACUUACGGUAAAUAGUAAACCGCAUAAAUACUUCUUUAUAACGAUGUGCCUGUGAUGUUCUUUCUCUUAUUCCAUGGACUUUGACCUGUGGUGACCCUAAAUAAGAGUACGUUUGAAUGUCUUUUGUACUGUCUUUUGGUUCUUUGAUUAAUCUUAAUACAAAUAU